GAUUAUAUAUACAUAACACAUUGAUACGUAUGUGUUAUAUAAUUCUAUAUGUUAGAGGAAAACUCGUCAAUUGUCAACAGACCUUGGCUCUGAACGCACGAUAACAAAAUGGCGCCGAUCCUUUACAAGAUAGAUGCCAGCCCUCCCGCUAACGCGGUGAGGAUCCUCUCCGAUAUCAUCGGGCUGGAACUCGAAGUCAGGGACGUCAACUUCGGUGUCCUGGAACACAAGUCUCCUGAACAUUUGAAGCUCAACCCCAUGGGUACAGUACCAACAUUGGUUGACGGAGACUUCACCAUCUCUGAGAGCCACGCCACCAUGAAGUACCUUCUCUCAGUAUACGGAGGUGACAAGAGCGAGUCUCUGUACCCGAGCGACGUGCGCACGCGCGCCCUCGUCGAUCAGUGCAUGUUCUUCAACGUUGGCAUAUUCUUCAUCAGGCUCAAAGUUAUCGUUCUGCCUGCUUUAUUCGGUGACUUGGACGGUCCCACGGAGAAGCAUAAGGCAGAUAUCGACGAAGCCUACGGCAUCGUGGAGGCGUACCUGGCCAAGAACAAGUACGUAGCUGCCGACCACCUCACCAUCGCAGACCUGAGCGUCGGCGCCACCGCCAUCUCCAUGCAUCCCUUGCAUAAACUGGAUCCUGCCAAGUUCCCUCUGACAGCUGCGUGGAUAGCCAAGUUAAAGGAGCAUCCGGCAGUUCAGAAGUACCUGGUCCCCGGAGCCAAGAUCCUCGGAGAUAUUGUAAACGCUGCCUGGGAUAAGAAUAAGAAAAAGUAGAUUAUAUGUAUAAUAAAAUGUAAAUAAUUUA